CAAUACGGUACAAGCCAAAUUUAAUCUUCUCCGAGUAAUGUUGGUUGAACUGAGCAAUUGCUAAACCAAACCUGUAUUAGGACUGGUUAUUUGGGUGUCUCUCUUUGUCAUUGUUGCUUCUUGCUGUUACAUUGCUCCCUGUCUUGUAGGUCCAAAUGUUCUCAGAUAAUUCACAUUGCCCUGAUUGUGGACAACAGUGGUUCCCUAGUUUAGAAUUAGGCCAUUGGUUGUACCAAACUGAACUUGUUGAAAAUGAAUGUUACCAAGUAUUUCUAGACCGUAUUAACAGAGCCGAUUAUUGCCCUGAGUGUUAUCCUGAUAAUUCUGCUAAUAGAAGCCUUGUUCUUCCAUGGUCUUUCCCACUUGAGUGGGCUCCCCAGAAUCUUACCAGAUGGACCUUUGAAAAAGCUUGCCAUCCAUUUCUUCUGGGUCCUCCACUGGUUAGAAAAAGAAUACAUGACUCCAGAGUAGCUGGUUUUAACCCUGCAUUACAGUUAAUCUUGACCAGAACAGACAAAACCUUAAAUAAAAAACUCGGCCAAAGCAAAUAACUUCUCUAACAGUCAUGAUCAUCAAGAUUCUAAAGGGUUUUGUGCUAAAAGCCCAAGGAAUAUGGGGAAAAAACUAAUAAUUUUUAAACCUGACCCAUGCUAUCACUACUUUGGAAAACUGCUUCAAUUGCUGGAUCUGUUUCUGUGGCCUAUGCAUAUGUUGUUCAGCAUGAAUUUAGUCAGUAUUCAAGCCAGACUGUUCAUCUAGAACUAGACUAAGACUAAUCCACAUUCCCUCUAAGCAGUGUUUUGGAACUAUGUUGCCACUCUUGAAAAGUUGCAGAGCCUAAUUAUUGACAUAUGACAAUAUGGAUCCUUAGAAUAAUAAGAUAAUCCUAGAAAGAGGCCCCAUACUGUGUGCUGAAUAAUGGUAUUUCUAAUGGUAACUUUUGUGGGAAAGCAUUUUCAUUGAAGCUGGAUCUUAGAUUAUUCCAGUAAAUUAUAAAAAGAACUUAGUUCUAAAUUCCACCUCUUAUAUACAUUGAUCAACUAUGGGGUGUGUGUGUGUAUGUGUGUUUAUAUAUAUCAUAUAAUUUAUUCUUAUAUUGCCAUCUGUUCAUCAUUGAUUCUGGCCGAUCAGUGUGGCUGUGACAUUGAUAGCUGGUCACUGUUAGAGAAGUCACAUCUGUUAGGCAAUAUUUAACAUAGGUUAUGUAAAAACAUGCAGAAAUGCUGCCAGUCUGCACUUAGUUGGCUUUACAUAAACAAAGAUUAGCCUGUCUUUGAGGUAACUGAAUUUACAAUGUCCUCCCCUGGCCUGGAAAUGGAAAAGUACCUGUACUAUGAGAUACAUGACAAAAAGAAUUAUCAAGCCUCACUUCAUAUAUGUUAAGAACAGUCUAGAACAAGCAUCUUUCUUAGUACUAUGCUAAGAAGGUCUUGCUGAACAUUGGCCACAUUCUGGACUUCUCGUUACAAAAAGCGUAGAUCCAGAAUUAGGACUAAGCAAUUUAGAAAAAGCUAUUGAAAACAUCUCAGAGGCCUCUGAACAAUUCUUAAAUUAAUGUUUAAGAUGCUAGGUAUCUAGUGCUCGUGUAUUACCUCAACAAUGUUACCAAGGUCCCAGGCUUUUUCUUUCCCCUGGGAUCCUUAUCCUUAUCAUGUUUGCUUUUUGUCCUUUUAGUGGUUUCCUCAAUGAAUGCAAUAUGGCUUGUUGUUGCACCAGAUAUUUUAAUCCCAGGCAAAGGCUGAAAGUAUCAAACAGCAAAAAGGCUUUCUCCUUUCAAGUCUAUCUUAUUUGGGAAUAAAAUCUUUCCCCAAAGUCCAUAGCAGGUUUCUUCUUACAUCUCAUUAGAAGACACUGGUUUAGGGCACCACCUAUGGUUCAGUGAGUAGGGUGCCAGCCCCCUAUACCGAGGGUGGCAGGUUCAUACUCAGCCCUGACCAAACUGCAACAAAAAAGGCCAGGUGUUGU